CUCACAAGAAUUUGCCUAGUCAUUUUGAAGUGUACAUCAUGUCGUGUUGCGAGAAAAAGCCUAGCGAGGACAAACAAAUCAAAGAAAGUGUUAAAGAAUACUAUGGAAAGAGACUAAAGACCUCUGCAGACCUACAAACAAGCGCUUGCACGUACUCUGCUUGCGAUGCAAAGAAUAUCCCCGCUCACAUAAAAGAGGCUCUGAAACUCUGUCACGAUGAAGUCGUGUCAAGAUACUAUGGGUGUGGCCUUGUAUUCCCAGAAGUGCUUGAGAACACUCAUGUCCUUGAUUUGGGAAGUGGGUCAGGGCGUGACUGCUUUGUUCUUAGUAAAAUGGUUGGUGAGGAAGGCCAGGUUACUGGUGUGGACAUGACCCAGGAACAGUUGGAUGUUGCCAAUAAAUACAUUGACUAUCACAAAGACAAGUUUGGUUACUCCAAGGCCAACACUGUCUUUAAAAUGGGUGAAAUUGAGAAUCUUGACAAGGCUGGUGUUAGUGAUUCCUCAGUAGAUGUCAUUGUGUCAAACUGUGUGGUUAAUCUAACAUCAGACAAGAAAGCUGUCUUAAUUGAAGCUCUUAGAGUCUUAAAGGAUGGGGGAGAGGUAUAUUUCAGUGAUGUUUAUGCUGAUAGACAUUUGUCUGAUGAAAUAAGAAAACAUGAAGUUCUCUGGGGGGAAUGUAUUGCGGGUGCAUUAUGGUGGAGAGAGCUGGUAGAUUUGUGUAAAGAGGUGGGGCUUAGUGGUCCAUAUUUGGUCGCAAGCAACAUUACUGAGAUCAAGAAAGAAGAACACAAGAAAGUAUUAGGUGAUGCUAAGUUCGUCUCUGCUACUUAUCGUCUCUACAAAACACCAAGAUCAGAUGAAAGCAAGGAGGUCUUUGASGUGACUUACAAAGGAACAGUCAAGGAACAUCCAGACRAACUAAAGUUUGACGUUUAUCAUAUAUUUAAGAACGGCAAAGCCUGUGAGGUGUCGRCCAACAUUGCGGACGUCAUACGUCAAUCAAGAUUCUCCAAACACUUCGAUAUAUCUUCAAAGCCUUCAUCUGCUACCAGCCAGCCUGAUCCUUACGACAUCGCUGAUCCCUUCAAAGGUCUGGGUGAAGAAAAAGCUUCCUGCUGUAGCGRAAAGUCUAAAACGUGCUGUUAGCGUUAUGCAGAUGUCUUUUGAAGCUCUUCAUGUGUUCUAUCUGUGUAUUCUUGGAAAAGAUUUAGAACCUGAAGAAAAAUAGCGAGUAAUAUAUAGAUUGUAACUUAACAUAGGGAAUAGAUAUAACUGGAAUGCAAUUCAUUAAAAAAUCUUUGGUAAAAUAAACUGGACAAUUUCAAAAUUA